GCACGCCAAUCAUGGCUCGAACUUGGAAGACUGGAUACCCCGCACAUCGGGAGCAAAAAGGCAAACAUGAACCAAUCCAGGGUCUCCCGGUUACCCCGACAGCAGAUCAUUGUCGCUUCAGGUCAAUCCCGAAGGAUUGACCUGCAGCACGAGGCUGAGCAGCCUUGGUGAGAGCAUGGCUCAGAAUGUGUGAUAAAAAUAUCAUAGAUUUACCUAUUAAACAUGGCGAUGCCAGCACUGAUCUUUGAAACGGACACUCUGCUCUCCUUCAAGCCCAUGAGAAAUGGAGCCAAACGCCAUGGACCAGUCGCCCUUGUCGCCCCAAUCAAUAAGCCGGCCUUGGUAUUGGCCAUUUGGCAAGCUCAAGUACGAUCAAAUACGAAAUCAUGGAAAGGAUAUUGAAGAAUAUGAACUUGGUGGGGCCUGUCAUUCUCUGGACAAAAGUAACAGUGAAUCCAAUACGUCUCUGAUAUCACAAUUCACCCUCUGUCUGCCUCAAGGUUUUGCCAAAAGAGUAGACCAGAGGGUCCGGCGAGAAGAGCGCCAGCAACGGGAAUGGGUGAUAGGUGUUCUCAUUUGCGCAUUUUGUGCUUCCAUCAUUCUAUUCUUGAACAUAUCCCUGACUAUUGCUGCGGUUGCCCUUUCUUAUUCAAAGUUUGGGGGUCAGGGAUUUACUUCUGCCAUGCUUUACCACGGAGAUUGUGACGUUUCAAAAAACUGGGUCCGUGGCCUGCAUUUGCUGAUAAACAUCUUCAGUACAAUUAUGCUAGCAGCAAGUAACUACUGCAUGCAAUGUUUAAGUUCACCAUCUCGCCAAAAUGUUGAAAGUGCCCACACUCAGCGGAAGUGGCUCCAUAUUGGUGUGCCCAGCACCAAGAAUCUGCGCUUUGUUGGCUGGAGAAGAUGUGUGCUCUGGAUUGUGUUGUUGAUAUCUUCCCUGCCAAUUCAUUUAAUUUACAAUUCUGCUGUGUUUUCUGCAUUAGGCACACAUCAAUAUGGUGUUUUCCUCGCAUCCGCAGAUUUCGAUUUUAAUCACCCACCAAAAGAUGGCCCUGAUUAUGCAGGUUGCUUUGAACAUGACUUUUCUAUGGAUACUCACGCUUUCUACUCCAAUGUAUCAAAAUUCCAAUCACUUGAUACACAGGAAUGUCUCGAUACCUAUGCUGCCGACUAUCUUGCAAAUCGAGGGACUCUCGUUCUCGUCACUAACAAUAUGACUGUGGAUAAUGGAUAUUUGCGUUGGGUCGGUAUGGGAAAUUCGCCACAGCAAUACUCGUCAAAUUCGUUUUCGUGGAUGUGUGAGAGCGAGCCGGGUUAUCCUAGCGUCACUUACGAAGUAGUAGACGAUCCAAAAAACUGUAUGAAAUAUCCUUGUUUGAAUAAUUGCCUAAACGGGCAAUGCAGAGUGGAAUGCCUUGGCGAUUGGUCCGCAUCCUCGAUACCUUGGUCAGCUCCUCUAUUGAACGAGGACCCUUCGAAUCUCAUCGAUUUCUUACAAGGGUAUCCGCAGGCAAACGAACUGCAACAAUAUCUUAAUGAUACAACUCGCUGGAAAAACAGUUCAUGGGCAAAGAAUACUGAAAUCCACGAUACGGAAUUUGCGUGUGCUCUGGAGACCGUGGACCCGUCCCCCUCUGCCGUCUCGGUCGACUAUUGCUUAAGCCAAGAAGUUGAUGAGAAAUGUCAACUGUUAUUUAGCCCUCCUAUAUGCCUCACCGUUAUUCUGUGCAACAUCAUCAAGAUUUUUUGUAUGCUCAUGACAGCACGUGAUGAUAGGAAGGAAAUAUUCUUAAGAGUUGGGGAUGCCAUAUCAUCCUUUCUCAGAAGACCUGAUAGGACUACUAAGGACAGAUGCUUAUUGUCAAGGAAGACCAUUUCUGGAAGGGGCCCAUAUAUUUGGCAGCUGGCUGAUCAAUACAGAUUACCACCUCAGCCUACAACUUUCUGGCCUCGGAGGAGAAGAUGGAAAAGCGCUACGGAUGGCUCAAAUUGGGGGUUGCUUCUCUUCUUCUGGCUUUCACUCGCUCUUGCGUCAAUUGGUUUCUUUGCAUUCGGCCUUACUGCCUUGUCGAGCAAACUUCAAUCCAUAUCAUUUCCAGCACUGUGGAAUUUGGGCUUUGGAAGUGUCACCUCGUCUACAGUAAUAAACCUUUGUGCCAGUCCCAGCAAUUGUUCGGGGAUUAUGCCAAUGGUCCUUCUUGCAAAUACCCCGCAGAUCAUUGUUUCAUUUGCAUAUUUCUUCUACAACAAAAUGUUAACCGUCAUGCUUCUUGCUGUCGAGUUCAAUGACUACGCCGCGGAACGUAAACCACUGCGUGUCUCUUGGCCGAAAGGGCACCAGCGCUCAACCUACUACCUCAGUCUCCCAUACCGGUACUGUAUUCCGCUGCUGAUUACCCACGCAAUACUACAUUGGCUAGUGUCCCAGAGCCUGUUUUUCGUGCAGGUUAUCUUAUAUGAUAUGUUUGGAAACCUAACCCCAGAACGUAUCGUUGCAUGCGGCUAUUCACCAAUGGCAAUCUUAUUUGCCCUUAUUGUCGGUGCUUCCAUGAUGAUCGUUAUUAUAGUCCUGGGAUUCAGGGACUUCAAGAACAGUAUGCCACUUGCCAGCAGUUGCAGCGCCGCGAUUAGUGCAGCAUGCCAUGCUCCGCCUGGCUGUGGCGAUGCACUCAAACCUGUUAUGUGGGGCGAAGUGUCAAAGUCCCCGGUCAAUGACAACCAUAUGGAAAUUAGCGGUCAGGAGGAUGACGGGGAAGCCACGGAUGUGUCUCGGUUAAAUUCGAGAAACCACCGCGCCGAUGAAAAUUCAGACAGCUACCAAGGGCAGGCAAAUGAGAGCCAAGCUCACUUGCUGAGUGAGAACAAUGGCGCUGGUGAAGAUAUCGGCGAGGCCAUGAAUUAUAUUGUAUCUGGGCUGGAUAUAGAGAACGAAGGCUUCUUUGAGGAAGUUACACUGGUCGAGAGCAACUGUGGAGAUGAUGGAACCACGCUUCACUCGGGUACAAGAAGCCACCGUUCCGACGAGGAAAAUCCAAACACCACUCAGAGGAAAGGUAAUAAUGCUCACUUACUGGGCGAAGAAAAUGGGUCUGAAUAUGGUCAUUGUUGCUUUUCUUCCUUAGAAGUUACUGCCCCGAGCGCUGGGAAAUUAUACAUGUGAACAUUCGGCGGUUGAAUGAACGGAUCAAUCAUUGAUGAUUGGAUAUAUGAAUAGACAUGGCGGGAAUCUGACCUUUUAUGAACAUUGAACAUGUUUGCCAUCUCUUUUGUUUCUAUUGUGUGUGUGUGUGUGUG